GUGCACGGCCGCUUCCGGCCCGGGCCCUACCAGAACACCAUCGGCGCCGCCUUCGUGGCCAAGGCGAUGGCCGUGGGCGAGCAGAGCGUGACCUUGGGCAUCUGGGACACGGCCGGCUCCGAGAGGUACGAGGCCAUGAGCCGCAUCUACUACCGCGGCGCACGAGCCGCCGUCGUCUGCUACGAUCUCACCGACAGCAGCAGUUUCCAGCGGGCCAAGUUCUGGGUGAACGAGCUGCAGAACUUCGAGGAGAACUGCCGCAUCUACCUGUGCGGCACCAAGAGCGACCUGCUGGAGGAGGACAGGAGGAAGCGCGGCGUCGACUUCCACGACGUGCAGGACUACGCGGACGAGAUCAAGGCCGAGCUGUUUGAAACCUCCAGUAAGACGGGCCAGAGCGUGGAUGAGCUGUUCCAGAAGGUGGCCGAGGACUUUGUGCACUUCACCGCCUUCCAGGUGAUGACAGAGGAGAAAGGCGUCGAGCUGGGCCAGAGGAGCAGUCCCUACCUGUACAGCUGCUGCCACCACUGAGGCGGCCGCGCCGAGGGCCGCCCCGCUGCGCUCGGGCAGCCUGCGCGCCCUGGACUUGCCCCUUUUUUACCUGCUGUGUUUUA